UAAGACUCCAAGCCCAAAAAAGCUCCCUUGCCAUGAAAACAACAACUCUAAAUUGAGAACAACACCACAAGUAAUGACGGCAGAGAUGGAGACUCCAAAUGGAGUCAGCGGCUCGCCCACCAUACCGCGUACUCCUAGCGUUCAAACUUUAUCUCUGACAGAAUAUGCCACCAACCCUUCACCGCCGAGAGAAGGGAGGGAAGAGGGGAAGGAGAAAGUGACGAGUGUAGUGCCAUUGGAUUUCAUAUUGCCCACUGGGUAUCCCGAUUAUUUACGGUUGAUUCUUACUUCGCGAGUUUAUGAAGUUGUCAAUGAGACGCCGUUGACUCACGCCACCAACUUGAGCAACCGGCUAGAAUGCCAGGUUCUACUCAAGAGGGAAGACUUGCAGCCCGUCUUCAGCUUUAAGCUGAGGGGUGCAUAUAAUAAAAUGGCACAUUUGGACCCGCAAACGCGCUGGAAGGGUGUCGUUGCAUGCUCUGCUGGGAACCACGCUCAAGGCGUAGCAUACUCGGCACGCAAACUGAAGAUCCCUGCGACCAUCGUCAUGCCACAGGGGACCCCGAGCAUCAAGCAUCUGAAUGUUACAAGACUGGGAGGAUCUGUUGUGCUUCACGGGGCCGAUUUCGACGCUGCGAAGGAAGAAUGCUAUCGCCUGGAGAAGCUUCACGGCCUGACAAACAUCUCUCCAUUCGAUGACCCAUACGUUAUCGCAGGCCAAGGAACCAUUGGAAUGGAGCUGUUGAGGCAGACAAACCUUCAACAGUUGGAAGCUAUAUUCUGUUGUGUGGGAGGUGGAGGUUUGAUUGCAGGAAUUGGCGCUUACGUCAAACGCAUUGCACCACAUGUAAAAAUCAUUGGAGUAGAAACAUACGAUGCGAACGCAAUGGUCCAGUCGCUGGCGAAGGGAGAGAGGGUCUUCUUGAAGGAGGUCGGACUUUUUGCGGAUGGGGCAGCUGUCAAGCAAGUCGGCGAAGAGACAUUCCGCAUUUGCCAAGAGGUAGUCGACGAAGUUAUCCAAGUCACAACAGACGAGACUUGCGCUGCUAUUAGGGAUGUCUUUGAAGACACCCGCUCGAUCGUCGAACCCGCUGGCGCACUUUCCAUCGCCGGCUUAAAGAAAUACGUUGCCGCCAACCCAUCUCCUAACACCAGACGCCAGCUUGUCGCCAUCGCAUCUGGCGCGAACAUGAACUUCGACCGCCUUCGUUUUGUCGCUGAGCGUGCCGCACUGGGUGAGGGCAAAGAGGCCCUCCUCAGAGUAGCUAUGCCCGAAACUCCUGGCGCAUUUUCCGAACUCAUGAAAGCUAUCAUGCCACACGCUGUUACUGAGUUCUCAUACCGCUACGCCACUGAGUCGAUGGCUAACGUCCUCGUUGGGAUUUCUCUCACUUCUCCAGCAUCACAGCGGGCAGAGGAACUCAAGAACCUCCUCGAGCGUAUUUCUUCGGGUGGCUUGACUGCGGUGGACUUGUCAGGCGACGAGCUGGCCAAGUCUCACAUCAGGUACUUAGUUGGUGGCAGAUCUGACGUCCCUAACGAACGCCUAUACAUGUUUAACUUCCCCGAGCGACCCGGAGCAUUAGAGCGCUUCCUUACCACGCUGAAGCCGAACUACAACGUCAGCCUCUUCCAAUAUCGCCAUGCAGGCAGCGACAUCGGAAAGGUCUUGACGGGUAUCCAGUGCCCUGAUGAUGAGGUUGACCAGUUGCAUGCCUUUUUGAACAAGAUUGGUUACCCUUGGGAAGAUUGUACGGAGUCUGAGGUAUUUAAGACCUUUUUGAGAUCAUGAUAGAUGGAUGGGAAGAUGGAUUGAUUAUAUGGCGUUUGAUAGUGCUACUAGAUAAAAGUGUAGAUGAGUGGAGGGCCUGCACAUAAUUAAUGUGGUCAACUUUUUUUCCUGUUGUAAUAACGCAAGUACAUGACAUUGUGUGAAGAGCGCCUUCGUAGUUACAAGGUUGGCUCCUAAACACAACUUGUGCUCUAUUCGUACCUAAAUUUCGUAUUCAUGAGCAUGAGUGGC